CUCUCUCUCUCACUGGUUAUAGACCGCACUUCACUGGGCUGCGAAGCAUGGCAAUGAGGAUGUGGUUAAACUAAUUGCCGGCACUUAUAAGGCGGAUGUUAAUGCCAAAACGGUAAAUUUACAAUUUGUACAAUUUGAAAAAUAAUAUGCAUAAAUUAUGAAACACUCUUCUAUUCUGUUUUUUGUAUCUUCCCCCACUGCCGAAUACCCAACUGGAUUGAACAACUGUCGACUACAGCAUGGUGGUUAUACACCUCUUCACUUGGCAACUCAGUUUGGCAGACAAAACAUUUAUGAGCUUCUUUGGAAUGUUUACAAGGCCAAUCGUGACAUUAUGGAUUGGAGUGGUAACAAGCCGUUGGAUUAUAGUCGCCAACGUCCCAGCGUCUCGGCCUCAACCUGUAGUAAAAUCAAAGCGAGAAAAAAGCAAACAAUCGAAAAAGAUUUGGGCUUCCUGCGGAUUGGAUCGCUGAAUGUUCGAGUAAAGAAAACCACAGAAGCCUUCAGCAACUUCUUGGGAGUGGGCAAUGGCAGUGGAAUGAAUCCGUAUGGCCAUGGGGCGGCAACCGAAGCCACUCGCCAUCACCAGCGAACUCACCGUCACCCUCAUCAGCGUCAUCAUCAUCCUGUCAAUGGUACGACACGGGAUCAUCGAAUCUCUCAGAAUCAGAGAGCAUCGGCGACUGUACCCUACGGGAUGAAUAACAUCCUUGGCUCCCGUUCGAGUGUACCCAUCAACCACAAUAUCUACGAUGCUGUGCACAAAUCCUGGGGCUCAGCUGACAAUAUCACACAACGCUCAGAGAAUCUAAUGCCGCCACCAAAGUCGGUGGACUUUAUAUCGAAACGUUAUAGAUCCUCGAAACGUUCGUCGUAUGCUUCGAAUGCGACUGAUUCACCACGAGACUCGAUCUGCUCGUCCAAUUCCAGUUCCAAUCUUAACUCCGGCUACAGCAGCAUGCCCACGACUCCCAAUCAAAUACGUGCACCCAAAACUAUAGGUGGGGCAUCCUUGACAGCUGAUUCCGAUUCAGAUUCAGCUUGUGGCUUUGACUCCAAUUGGUCAGUCAAUGGACGAAACUCAAUGAAACCUUAAUUUUCUAUAAAAAUAACAUUCGCAUUUUUUUUAAUCUGACAAAUCUAUAAUAUUAAGUUGAAUCUCUUGAAAAAUUGACGAUUACUAAAAUAAAUCAAUUGAAUAUUGUAUUGUCUAUAGAUUCUAUUUCAUUAUAAUCAUUAUUCUAACGUACGGAGUUCAUUAACAAUUAUAUAGUGUUACGAAGAGCAGUUCAAUGCCACAUUGAAUUCAAAUCUUUUAAUUAUAUGGAUUUAAAAAAAAUAUAAAUUGAAUGAAAAUUAAAUAUUUUUAUAAAAUAAUCUUUUAGAAAAAUGAUAAUCACAAUCAUUUGAACUGUGAGUAAAUAUAUAUCUACUAUAAGAAUGUUCAUUACUAAAACAAAAUAUAUUGUCUAUAAAUUUCUGGAGAAUCAAAAUUCAAAUCCCAUUGAAAAAUCUACACAAAAUAGUAAAUAAGAAUCCUGUAUGCCUAAAUAUUGUGCUAUGUAAAAAAUAUCCCAAAUCCCCAUAGAAUUCUUGAACUCUGCACUUAACAUAUCAUAAAAUCUGAAUGAGAGAAUCUUUGGGAAUAAACUAUUAAUUGUUUUACAAACAGCAUUGUAUAUUUAUUGAUUUUUGUAAAAAUACAAGAAUACAUUUUUAACAACAUUCCGAAAAUGCAAAAGAUUUGUUUACUGAAUGUUUAAAAUCUCGGAAAGAAUACGCUGGGUGUCCUUGGGAGUGGCAACUUUAUGACCCUUGACUCGAGGAUCCGUGUAAAUUUCAUGAUCAUUGCCACCAGGAUCAGU